AAAUGCCCCCUGUACCAGUCCAACUGGACGUAUAUGUUUAGAGGAUCGAGAUCAGGAGACAUGGUGUAAGUCCACCUGAGAAUCUCACUAAGGAUCUCAAAACACUUUACAUUUUUAUCCUACUGAUCAGGAGGAGCCAUGGAUCUUCUCUCGAAUGACCAAACAGAUGAACUUUUGCACCUCAAUGUAUGUUUAGACGAGCUUUCUCCUCGAGCUGGGGUGAUAGAGCUGCUGAAAACCCUGAGACCACAGUGGAGACCUGAGGAUAUCACACUAAAGGUGUUUACAGAGGGCAUUACUAAUCAGCUCCUGGGCUGUUCAGUGAGCUCAGACUCACCUAUGGUGUUGGUGCGAGUGUACGGACGAAUGACUGAGCUUUUUGUUGAUCGUAAAAAAGAGAUGGAGGUCCUGAAGCUGUUGCACUCUCAUAACUGUGGGCCAAAACUUUACUGCAGCUUCCACAACGGCAUCUGCUAUGAGUUCCUGAAGGGCACGGCUUUGGAUGACAUUCUGCUCCAACAGCCUUCUGUAUACAGACUGAUUGCAGUAGAAAUGGGAAAAGUCCACUCGAUAAAGCCGAAGUCCGACUCGUCUGUGGAACCUGUGCUGUGGGCAAAGUUGGAGAAUUACUUACAAUUAUUGCAGAAAUGUGAAAAAGAUGAUUUGCUACAACAAGGGUGUGGAAACAAAUCAUCUACAUUCAGUUCACAGUUGAACAUUCCCAGCCUGGAUGUGUUAAUCACUGAGAUGGAGGAGCUGAAGACUCAUUUAAACAGGGUGGAAUCUCCAACAGUGCUGUGUCACAAUGACCUGCUGACCAAAAACAUCAUCUACAACUCAGAUGAAGGUGCAGUUAAAUUCAUCGACUAUGAAUAUGCUGACUUUAAUUACCAGGCUUAUGACAUCGGAAACCACUUUAAUGAGUUUGCAGGUGUGAAUGAUGUAGAUUACAGUCUUUACCCCACCCGCGAGCUGCAGUACGACUGGCUAACAGUUUACCUGCAGAGUGUUUACAGCAACAGCCGAGUCGACUCCCAAAUCACUCAGAGAGAAGUGAACACUCUUUAUGUGCAAGUCUGCAAAUUCUCACUGGCAUCUCACCUGUCAUGGGGUCUGUGGGCUCUUUUACAGGCCAAAUACUCCACAAUCAACUUUGAUUUCUUAAAAUACGCUGAUGCUCGGUUCAGCUACUACUUUAAGAAAAAGGAGGAGUAUUUAGGAAUGUCACUUCCUUAAUAACUGAAUUUUAUCAUUUCUUCUGAAAUUAAUGACAGUAAAAAUAAAUAAAAUGAAUAAAGUUAUAAUUUUACACACUGUGUAUUUACUAAGUAGUAGAUUGUCUCCGCCCCUUUCUUGUUUUUGUUCCCUGAGUGUGAUCUCAUUUAUUUCACCAGUUUAGUGUUUAACCUUCUGACUUGUAUUUAAACACUCAGGUUUGUUAUGAAGUGUUAAUGUCACUUACACCAUAAUUAUGUGACACAGUACACAGUGACAUGACACAAGGUUCCUCCAGGACCAGGAGCUACAGAGAACAGCACAGCGAUAAGGACUGAAAGUGUGAAGUGGAACCAAACCGUCUCCUGUUCCCUCGUGGCUCUAACUGCUGUAACGUUUGUCCUCAUGUCUUCGGUUCCCUGAUUAUGUGUCUGUCUGCUCGUCACAUGACCUUGACCUUUGCCUUGUGUUUUGGUUUGUUUGCUACUCAGUUUAAUAAAUCCGAUGACCAACAUUUUA